AACCAGGAAGUACAUAGUUGACGAGUGAAUAUUCCUAACAAGACCUGUACGAGAAUAGCUCGGUAAAGCUGCUGUGCUACAGAAACAUGAUGACCCUUGACGUCCUGCUGUGUUUCACUGCCAUCUGUUCCGUUCCGAUUAUAACAGCAACUCCAUGUCCCGGAGUGGCCCUGUGGGAAUCAGCGUAUGAAAUAACAGGGAACAGACAGAACUUUUCUGGGUUUUUCUGGGUACGUCCCAACGGCGGCGAUUACGUCGUCACCUGCAACCCCGACUGCAGUGAAACGUGGCCUUACAAUGCCACUUACAGUGCCACUUACAAUACCACACAUUCUACCCUGCAUAUAAAUCAUACCUCAAAGACUGACUCCGGAUUGUGGAAAUUCAACGGUGCAACUAAAGAAGCAUCAGCUCCAGUAUGUGAUCUAACGACAGCCAAUCUGCCAACGUGCAACAUAAGCAGUGAUCUAGACCCACAUUCCUUGGAAGAAGGAACAGUCCUUUCACUCACAGUGGACGUCAGCAACUACUUCUGUUCCCGCGGAGCAGGCUUUGAACUUACCACUGGUGACAUCACCGACACGUUGCUCCAGAAUGAAACCGUUACCGACUACACCAAUGCCACACUAAACAGCACCUUCAAUGUUACUUUGCAAAGUCUCGGGGACGUCCUGCUCAGCUUCUCCUGCCUCAAUAGCAGCUGGGAUCUUCCUUGUACUGGCGUAAAACAGUUGCUAAAGAGUCCGCCUACUUGUAACAUCACCAGUGAUGUUGAAACAGACGACCUUGAACUUGGUACAGAGGUCACGCUGUCAGUUGACAUCAGGAACUACUACUGUUCUGAACAGGCCGGGUUCAACCUAACAACUGGUCGGGUCGAGGAAGUCCUGCACGUUGGGCAUGAAGUAUAUAACGUUUCAAGAGCCAUCUCAAACAUGACCUUCAAUACCACAACUGAGAGAUUCGGAAAAGUUCUUGUUAAGUUUUCCUGUGAUAACUACCACCUGGACCUGGUCUGCGAUGGCAUCAAGGAGCUUGUCAAAGGUCCGCCUACUUGUAACAUCACCAGUGAUGUUGAAACAGACGACCUUGAACUUGGUACAGAGGUCACGCUGUCAGUUGACAUCAGGAACUACUACUGUUCUGAACAGGCCGGGUUCAACCUAACCACUGGUCGGGUCGAGGAAGUCCUGCACGUUGGGCAUGAAGUAGACAACGUUGCAAGCGAGAUCUUAAACAUGACCUUCAAUACCACAAAUGAGAGAUUCGGAAAAGUUCUUGUCAAGUUUUCCUGUGAUAACUACGACCUGGACCUGGUCUGCGAUGGCAUCAAGGAGCUUGUUAAAAAGCUCCCUACGACAAGCGUGGCGACGACGACUCGAUCAACUAAGCCUUCAAAUACACCCCGACCAGUCGGAACACAAACAACAGUUGGCCUCUCUCCUGAAGAUCCUGGUUUUCCUCUAGCUCUCGUAGUUGGUGUCUGUGCUGGCGUGCCUGUGUUUGUCAUCAUUGUUGUCGUCGUUGUACUCAACCACAGGAAGAUCACAGCUGUUGCAAGACAAUACAUAGUCAACCGAAACGCGCAGUCUAAACCGUAUGAGCAGGGACUGGAUAACUCCACUAGUGAUCCAACACUGGACAUGACGGAUAGUGUAGCUUUCGAUGAAAUCAAGCUGGAUAAUGUUGAAAAGGUUGAUGACAGUAAACCUGAGUGAUAA